AUGCCAAUCGAGACGAUAUCAUUCUCAGUAUCUUCUUCCACACCAGAAACAAAUGCACUAAUCACUGAUCUUAUAUCAGAACAGAAUGAGUAUUUCACCGCAUCCUCUAAAAGAUCACCUCGAAUACCGUUGUCGCCGACAUUAUUGCCGACAACUUCUUCACCAGCACAAAUAAUUACAACAGUCACUGAUCUUAUAUCGGACAACACUUCUUCCUCAGAUGUGGAAUUAACUAUCAAUCCUUCUUUCUACUCCUCUUCUUCAGAUGUUAAAAUGUUCACGCCUAACUCUUCACCGAACGAAGAAGUAAAUUCACUCUGUGUUCCCUCGUAUAACUCCGAUAAUUCCGUAGAUCAUGAUUAUGAUUCUGAUGAUUGUGAUUCUGACGAUGUUGAUGAUGAUGAUGAUGAUGAUGAUGUUGAUUAUGAUGACAAGACUAACGAGGAAGACGUUCUUGGUUACUUUGAUAAACAUUGUCAUCGGUUCAAUCAUUAUGAUUCUUCAAACAUGCAUAACAAAAUAAUGAUGCUGAGACUUUUCAAGUGUUGUCGUAUACUUUACACAUAUUAUCAUGAUCUUUCUAAUUCAAGUCAUGGAUUAUAUCGAUUAUGUCAUGACUAUUUUAAAUGUUAA